GAGAAACUCGGAACGAGGAAGUGGAAGACGAAGAGAGAAAAUCCGUACGGAAGGUCUUGGUCUCAAUACUUCUCACUUUAUCCUUUAUUUACCCGGACAGCACGAUGGCUAAAGCAGAUAUUGCACUGAUUGGUUUGGCUGUUAUGGGCCAGAACCUCAUCAUGAACAUGAACGACCAUGGCUUUGUGGUCUGCGCCUACAACCGAACCGUGUCCAAGGUGCACGACUUCCUGCAGAACGAGGCGAAGGGCUCCAAGGUGAUCGGAGCCGAGUCCCUGGAAGACAUGGUGUCCAAGCUGAAGAAGCCCAGGAGGAUCGUCCUGUUGGUCAAGGCCGGCCAGGCUGUGGAUGAUUUCAUUGAUAAACUGGUACCUCUUCUAGAAGCAGGGGAUAUCAUCAUCGAUGGUGGCAACUCAGAGUAUAGAGACACAACACGGAGGUGUAAGAGUCUGAAAGAGAAGGGCUUUCUGUUUGUUGGGAGCGGAGUGAGUGGUGGAGAGGAGGGCGCACGUUAUGGACCCUCACUCAUGCCGGGGGGACACAAGGAAGCUUGGCCACACAUAAAAGAAAUUUUCCAAAGCAUCGCUGCCAAGGUUGGAACAGGAGAGGCGUGUUGUGACUGGGUUGGGGAUGAAGGCGCAGGUCACUUUGUGAAAAUGGUCCACAACGGCAUCGAGUACGGAGACAUGCAGCUGAUCUGUGAGGCCUACCACCUAAUGAAGGACGUUUUAGGGAUGGACCAUGACGAGAUGGCGCAGGCUUUCGACAGCUGGAACAAGACAGAACUGGACUCCUUCCUGAUUGAGAUCACAGCCAACAUCCUUAAAUACCGGGACGCCGAUGGCACGCACCUGCUGCCUAAAAUUCGGGACAGCGCUGGACAGAAAGGCACGGGGAAGUGGACGGCCAUUUCAGCCCUGGAGUACGGCACACCUGUCACCUUGAUCGGGGAGGCUGUCUUUGCCAGGUGCCUGUCGUCUCUGAAGGAUGAGAGGGUGCAGGCCAGCCGCAGCCUCUCAGGCCCACAGGGGGUCAAAUUCAGCGGCAACAAGGCUGCAUUCCUGGAAGACAUUAGAAAGGCUCUUUAUGCCUCCAAGAUCAUUUCCUACGCUCAGGGCUUCAUGCUGUUGCGACAAGCAGCCAAAGAGUUUGACUGGUCACUCAACUAUGGCGCGAUCGCACUGAUGUGGAGAGGAGGCUGCAUCAUCCGGAGUGUUUUCUUGGGUAAAAUCAAGGAGGCGUUCGACAGGAACUCGGACCUGCAGAACUUGCUGCUGGACAGUUUCUUCAGUAAAGCUGUGCAAGACUGCCAGGAGUCGUGGCGCAGAACAAUUGGGGUUGGAGUCCAGCAUGGCAUCCCCAUGCCCUGCUUCUCCACAGCUCUGUCCUUCUACGAUGGUUACAGGCACGAGAUGCUGCCGGCCAACCUGCUGCAGGCCCAAAGGGACUAUUUCGGAGCGCACACGUACGAGCUGCUAUCGAAUCCCGGUCAUUACAUCCACACUAACUGGACAGGCCARGGUGGAAACGUCUCGUCUUCUUCCUACAACGCUUAAAGACGAUUCUUACAGCAUUUAAUAAAAAUUAAAAAUGAAGAACAGGAGGUUGUUACCAGCAGAACACCACCACCCAGCCCAACACCUAGCUUCUUCCAGCCGUUUCUUGCUCCGAGAUGUGUUGUAGUUUUUUUUUUUUUUUAUAAGGAAACGGGACCAGAAAUUAAACUCUCCCUAUUCUUGUCUGUUCUGAUGUAGCAACAGACGUGAGAGGAUGUGGAAAUCAGGCUCAUGUUUACAUGUCUUGUUGGGUGGGGGGUGGGGUGGGUUCUCAGUGUAAACUCAAGAUGAACCACUGCCCUGUGCCGUAACAGGCUAAAUAAAGAUUUCAAUCCCUUUCUAAGUAGCUUCAAUGGUAAAGCGUAACAAUACGGGAGCCAGUCAAUAUAUAGAGUGAUAAAUAACAGGAUGCUUUUAUAACGGGAGAUGUGUGUAAUAUCAGAUGUCCAGCAGGAGGAUUUAUACAUGUAAUUAAAUUAUACAUAAUUUCUUAGGACGUCUUGUUUAACUGGUAACUUUUCAAAUGUUAUAUUUUUUGUAAUAGUAGUUCUACUAGCACAGUAUUUUGAGGUUUAAUUUUAAAAUACGUUCAUAGGGAACACAGCAGUUUCCUUGUCAUGCUCUGACYAACAACUAAAACCCUUUAAGUCGCUGCAGAGCUCUACAGUUGUUAGGUGGCAAACAGCUUCUAUGAACUAAUGUCAGAUUGUCUCUUAAGAACAUUUUGUUGAAAUGUAAUGAGCAGAGGUCAGGCCUCAUCAGUGCAUAUGUUGCUUAUUAAUGGGCUUUGAAUGCCUUUUGAAUUGAAAAGAAAAAAACUCCAGGUGAGACUGCGCAAAAAUAAACCCCUUCCCUCCUCUUA